ACACUAGCAGAGAGUGGAGGACCAGACCACAAGCUCAUCGCAGCAGCACCUGCAAGCCACAGACUGAUCUGAAGUCUGAACAAAGAUGAGUCGAGGAGGCAGCAGCGGUGGUGGCCGAAGCUCUCUCAGCUACCUCUUCGAGCCGGAGGAAACCGUCCUGUAUCGCACUCGCACGAGCAACCAGGAAACCGAGAAGGCUCCGGAUACCAACAGCGGAUGCGUCAAGCAGGACGACGACGAGAAGAAGACGGUCGGAACCGAAGCAGUUCAUUCUCCUCCCAAGAGGGAGGUCUCCAACCCGAUACUCUCGUCUCACAAACCUCCCUGCAACAUCUACCAUACCGGCCAGUUAAGCUCCGGGCUUCUUAUCACUGACCGGCCUUCGACGAGGGUGCGCUGUGCACCAGGAGGGGCGUCGUCGCUCGGGUUUCUGUUCGGUGAGGAGCAUGAGAAAUAACAGACGGUCUCAGUCUAAAAUCUAGAAGACGGUUUGCCCCGCAUGCGUAUGCCAAAAUGAACAUCAUGGAAUGACUGCUUGUGAGACGAGAGUAUCGGGUUUCAUAGAGUGCCUGUAGAGCAUGUAUAUGCUAUGCUAUGCUAUGUCUGCUUGUGUUUGGACAGUCAGCUGUGUUCUGCUUUUUACAACGUGUGUAUGUAUAUUUAUGCAUCUUCGUAUUUUUUUUGGCCACGCAGGAUUGGAAGGGUGUUUGCAAAUGUUUGAUGUAAAAUUGUUGCUGUCCACACAUAAGUCAUAUUUAUAUGGGCAACUGAAUGGGUAUUUAUAAAAGCUAUAC